AUGACCCAAACACUCGGCAUAGUCCUCGACCCGGACGCGAUGGCGCGCGAGCUCUCCAAAACUGAGCGUGAGACUGACGCAGAAUUCGAAAAGCUUCUCGAAGAAGAAAGACAGGCCAUUGCCGACCAUCAGCUCGCUUUGACUUUGGCCGGCUUGAGUACCGAAGACCCAGAAUUCGUACUCAGCUCGACCUACGCUACGAACCUGUCCAACGAUCGCUCCCUCGGUACCAAUGAGCAGUGGGCUCGUGCAAAGGAGCUCUAUGCCGAAAUACACGCAUACGAGAUGGGUUCGCAAACUUCAACGGAGCCCGAUGAGACAAGCGAUACCGAAGAAGAAGGGACUGACUACGACUCGGAACCUACCCCGGAAGAGCCCCUCACUCUGUGCGGAAUGUGUCUCGAUAAUAUACCGACCAUAGACACCCUGACACUCGAAUGCAAACCUGUGGCUCAUAGCUAUUGUCGAGAUUGUCUUCAUGACUUCUUCGUCAGGGCCCUCGAAGACGUCUCGGUCUUUCCUCCUAAAUGCUGCAACAUUCCAAUUCCGCUGGAAGUAUGUCGUACCAUGCUUCCGCAAGGAUACGUCAAGAAGUUCGACCUCAAGUCGGCCAGCCAGCCCCCGCUCCAGAACCAGAGCCCGCUGAGCAUUUGCACGUUUGGCAACGUGUGA